AUACAACUGUUUCCCCAUAAGUCCUGAUAUUAAAAAAAAUGAGAUUAUGGAGAAAUGUAAGAAUUGCACGAAUUGUUGUUGGGAUAAAGACGCCAAAGAGGGACAGAUUGAGUGCUAUUACGGACUGUUGGCCAAAGAGGACAACAAUGAGAUGCCGAGCUAUAAAGUGGUGUCAUCCGACAUUUCUUCCACUUCCACACUUAUAGUGACGGCAACACUGUCCGUGGAGAAGAACUCAAUUCCUCAUUAUAUACGACAGAAUGAGACUGAACAGAGAUGGGGACCACUUCUCAAACCUAACCUUGACCUCAGGGUUGAGUACAUCACUCAAUCGUAUUUGACAAUCAGUAUUAAACCUAAUAAAACAGGAGUAACAUUAACUUCAUUGUCAAAGGACGCCAAAUGCAAGGAUUGCUUUAUGCUAACUGUCCAGCGUAGUAGUAAUGGCAAGGGUAGUAAUGAUAUUAUAUUCAAUACGGGAGACUUCACUCCAUUCAUAUACAGCGAAGGACUUAUUGAAAUGACCACACUUUUGCCAAAUGAUUUUAUAUAUGGAUUGGGACAGUCACCGUCCCGGGGCUUCAAACACAAUAUGUCAUACCCUGAAGAUUGGGGCAUAUUUAGUAAAUUCAACAAAAACAUGACUUUGCAUGAGUCGAGUUGGUUUGGAUCACAUCCAUUAUAUAUGGGAUGGACUAAUGAUAACAAGGCUUAUGGAGUACUUCUGGAGAAUACAUAUCCCAUGCAAUUGGUCACUAAUAGUCGACCGAGUCUUACGUUCAGAACAAUUGGCGGACAACUCAAGUUUCACUUCUUCUUAGGCCCCACACCGAGGGAUGUCUACCAACAGAUAACAGAUGUGGUCGGACAGCCAACUCUACCGCCAUACUGGGCGCUCGGCUUUCAUAUGUGUCGCACAGAAACCGAUGACACGAAGGGAACGAAUGCUAGGUUAGGGAUGGUUGAUAACGAGAUCCCAUACGAGUCGGACUGCUAUACGGCUGCCUAUGCCGGACAGAACCCCAAAGACGGCGAACCAUUACGCUCCAUGUUACGCUCCAAUAAGGAGGGCUCAAACCCCUUGAGGUCACUUCUGGUUCAGGCGCCCCAUCGCAAGUACGAAGAUCCAAAGCCGACCCCCACUCCCUCCCCGUCUUCCUCUCCGUUAGAUAAUAUAUGGCACCAAAAUUCACUAACGAAUCACAGUGACGGCACAACAUAUUUCGGCUACUUUUAUGACUGGUUAUCUACUUCUGAGGAGCCCUAUAAGGUCAUAUAUCCGAGCUAUACGUUCACUGAUACUAAAUUAUUAACAGAGAUGACCAAUGAAUUCAAAACAAUUGGUUUGUUUGAUGAGAAAAAAGAAGACCCCAUAAUUGAUGGCAUAUUUGUCGACUACAACACACCUCUGGAUCUCCGAUUGUCCGAUACGUCUGAUGUGAAGAAAAUUUGUAAAUCACUUCUCGAUAAUAACCCCUGGAAUACACUUUUCUACCAACAACUCAAUGAAUACACGCCAUGCCUUGAUUUGAUUUAUCCCGCCACCAAAGUGUCGCAUAUGUCUGCACACAAUCUUUAUGGUCACCAACACAUGAAAAAAACUCGGGAAGCAUUGCAAGGAUACACAAACUAUAAUAAUACUAAAAGACGGUCUCUGACUAUGAGUUUAUCCACAUUUACGGGCAGUGGACAAUUUGGAGGGCAUAUCGGCACAAACAUGGUGUCCAGUUGGCCAAUGCUGGUCCAAACAAUAUACCAGACACUGGAGUUCAAUUUAUAUGGCAUUCCACUGGCAGGCUUUCCCGUUUGUGGCUUCAAAGACCUAAGCGAUACAAUCGAUGAUGAGUUAUGUAUUCGUUGGUAUCAAUUGGCAGCAAUGCAGCCCUUCAUGAUAUCGCACCGGGAUAAUGGCGAGGACCUCACUGAUCCCAUAUCACUGUUUGGGAAUGAUAAGAAACUAGAGGGAAAAUUAGAGACAAUCAAAAGUGCAAUAGUUAUCAGAUAUAGACUACUGCCAUAUCUCUAUACACUAUUCUAUAAGGCGUCCAAAAGGGUCAGUCCCGAUGGUAAGAUGAAAGGUAUGGGUGAGCCUGUAGUCCGUCCCCUUUUCUAUGAGUUCGAAAAUGACACCAAAACCUGGACACUCGACAAACAGUUUAUGUGGGGCUCAGCCCUUAUGGUGUACGACUACUUAAGCGGCCGAAGAAUCUCCUCGAAGGGACAAAUGGAAAGCCUGUCGGCCGUCGAGAGUAAUAUAAAUCUUCACAUCAGAGGCGGAUAUGUUGUUCCCACGCAACGGGAGACCAAUAAUACAGAUCAGUCGCGACGUAAUCCCUUCACAAUCAUUGCGGCACUGAAUCAGAAUUUUACGGCUGAAGGGGAUCUGUUCAUCGAUGACGGCAUUACUGACAACUCGACCGUACUCAUUGUCCACAUUUCAGUGGUUGUCACCGAAAAGGAGAGGGACAGCCAUACGAGCGGUGGUAAGACAGCCGGUGGCGCCAUCAACAUCACCAUCACCACGGGCACCAAACCCCCUAAUGUGAGCACUCAAGUGGAGAUUAUUAAGGUGUUCGGUGUGAUCGACCCCUUGGAUCCGCCAGUGUUUCAAAUCAAUGGCAAAGAGGAACCCGAAACGGAUUUCACUUAUGACUCAAAUUUAGGUGUUUUGUCGCUCAAGAAUCUGACGGAAUUCAUUGACUUAUCUAAGACCAACCAGAUCACCUGGACAACUAAGACUUUUGCCGAGAGGAUAUCUUUGGUUUUCUUUAAAUCUCUGUUUCUGUUGUCGAAACUGACGGUUGGAAUGGUAUUGACGGCUCUGGAGGGCAGACAUAAACAU